GCUGCCACUGCUGCUUACGCGUCGCGCUUCCUCCUCUGCCCCUCGUGUUGAGGGGAGUCGCUCUCUUUUUCCCUCGGCAGAGAAGAGGCGAUGGCGGCGCUGGCAUCUUUCGGCGCCCUGGCGCUACUCCUGCUGUCCAGGCUCUCCUGCUGCUCAGCAGAGGCCUGCGUGGAGCCCCAGAUCACCCCUUCCUACUACACCACCUCGGAUGCUGUCAUUUCCACUGAGACUGUUUUCAUCGUGGAGAUCUCCCUGACGUGCAAGAACAGGGUCCAGAACAUGGCUCUUUACGCUGAUGUCAGUGGAAAGCAGUUUCCUGUCACCCGGGGCCAGGACGUGGGGCGCUAUCAGGUGUCCUGGAGCGUAGACCACAAGAGCGCCCGCGCAGGCACCUACGAGGUCAGAUUCUUUGAUGAGGAGUCCUACAGCCUCCUGAGGAAGGCUCAGAGAAAUAAUGAGGAUAUUUCCAUCAUCCCGCCCCUGUUCACAGUCCGCGUGGACCACCGGGGCACCUGGAACGGGCCCUGGGUAUCUACCGAGGUGUUGGCUGCUGCCAUCGGCCUGGUGAUCUACUACCUGGCCUUCAGUGCCAAGAGUCACAUCCAGGCCUGAAGGCUGCUCCCGGGGGCUGUGGCUACUUUCAAUAAACAACUGCUGGCUCUGACCGGCAUUCAGGA